UUUCUCUGAGAUAUAAAGAGGAAGAGAGAACCAAGACGAUUUUACUUGUGAAAUAAGAAUUGGUUCCAAGUAAAUGCGAUCAACUUGAGGCACAGAUCACCAUGGGGGACUGGUCUUUCCUGGCCUCCUUGCUGAAGAAGGUGCAGUCUCACUCCACGGUGGUGGGGAAGGUAUGGAUGAGCGUCCUCUUCCUCUUCCGGCUCUUCAUCCUGGCCGCUGGUUUAGACAGCGUCUGGGGAGAUGAACAGGCCAGCAUGAACUGCAACACUAACUCUCCUGGCUGCAAGAACGCCUGCUACGACCACGCCUUCCCCCUGUCCCACCGGCGCUUCUGGGUCCUGCAGAUCCUCUUUGUGUCUCUGCCCACACUCAUCUACCUGGGUCACGUCCUGCUGGUCAUCCGCAAGGAGGACAAGCUGAGAAGGAAGCUGGGUGAGAAGUUCAACAAGAAGGGCCUGCCCAGGACGCCAAAGUACUCUGACGAACACGGUGCGGUCCAGAUCAAGGGUUCUCUGCUGUUCAGCUACAUGAGCCAGCUGGUUGUGAAGAUCAUUCUCGAGGUGGCCUUCAUGGUGGGCCAGUACUACAUCUACGGCUUCAUCUUCAUGCCCACUAAGAUCCUGUAUGGCGAGUACCCCUGCAGGCAGAUCGUGGCGUGCUUCAUACCGCGGCCCACAGAGAAGAGCAUCUUCAUCGUGUUCAUGCUGGUGGUGUCCGGGAUUUCUUUGGUGCUUACCGUGGUAGAGCUGAUCUACUUGAUGUGUUUGUCACUGGGAGCCAGGAAGAGAAGGGCCUCCACCUCCACCACCUCCACAGAGAUAUACAACCUGAGUCCAGUGAAACACCGGCCCAAGGCAGAAUCCACAAUGUGCUAGCUCCCAUGCAGGGAAAACUACAUUAUAUACUAAUAAAUGGAAAGUUAUUUAAAUCAUUCAAAAUUUACAUUGUAAGGAUUUCUAUGUCCAUAGUUUAUGAAAAAGACGAAAAACGUUACACUUCAAAUACCUAAACGAUUGAGCUUGGGAGUGGCCUAGUGGUGGUGUGCAGCGCCUGUUGGUGAUGAGGUGUAUAUGCCUGCCAGGAAUGGUCAACCACCAGGUGGACUCCCACUCCCACUGUUUCUACGUUUUUUAGGUUGGAGACUCAAACCUACAAACUUAAACUGUCACUCAAACUGUUUAUUGACGUUAGAUAUGAGCAGAUUAUACUUUUAAUCCUAUUUGUACUACACUUAAUGUAGUACAAAUAGUAGUAAUAAUAAUUGUGCCCCAGUAUAUAAAGCCUACUCUUAGGAAUUUACAGAGAUUGUUGUUUAUAUAUCGAUACAUUUUUUAUAUAUGUUUUUAAUGAAUGGAUGAAUAGUUCUAGAUGUCACUGUUUCAUCGUAUUUGUAUUUGUUCAUGAGUAACAAAACACGUGAAACAGUGUCAUCGCUACCAACCCGCUUGACCACACUGUUGGAUAGACAGACAGGAGAAAACCGCAGCCAUUUCACGUUGAUCAGCUUUGUCUAUCACGUGAUUGCUGGAAUUUAUUUGUUGAAACUACGUGGUGAGAUAUAAUAAAGAAAAUAUCAAAACUAUACAAACAGUUUCAAUCAAUUGUAUGAAAAAAAUCGAUGUUCAAAAUUUAAAGUAUUCAAGGGUGUGUAUCCUUAAACCUCAUAUUUUGCUAUGAUUCGCAAAGAUAAAACACAGAAAUACCUACCCAAAGAAAAUAAUUGAUUCGAUGACAAGUAAAAUAUAUAAAACAUAACAUUUGAUGUUACGUUUGUUGGGCGACGUCAUUGAACAAGAAAGCAGAAAUGUCUCCAAAAUGCAACACAGAAGAGACUCGGCCCAAAGAGUCGUGGCAUUAACUCAUUCCCUCAAGGACCCCGUCCAGAGGCCAAUGAAGGACUUACACAGGACACUAACCUGGAAUAAGAACGACUGGGAAAUGAUAAGACAAAAAAUAGGUAGAACAUAACAUUAUUGAUAUUGCAUCAUACUUGAUAGAUCCACCAUAAAGAUCUUCAUCAGUGGUAGCCCCUUAGAUCUCGGACCAACU